AUGGAGGGUGGGGCUGUCCUUCGCACAGCGCUCACAGCAUUGGCGCUUGCUUUGCCUGCGUUUUAUAUACGCCGCCAACUCAGCGCCCGAUUGCGAAGGAGGGAUAGGCGCCUCAAGCACGACCAAGAGCGUGUGCUGAUCCUCGGCGCAUCCAGCGGCGUCGGACGGGCCGUCGCCAAACAGUAUGCGGAGCGCGGGGCACGCGUCUGUGUCGUGGCUCGCCGGGCAGAGGAAAUCUCUGCUCUGGCCCAAGAAUGCGGCGAUCAUUGUAUCUGGCACGUGGCCGACUUUAGCAAAGCAGAGGACAUGGUGCAGGUCAGAGAUCGGCUCCAAGGUGAAUGGCAGGGCUUGGAUACUCUGCAUGUCUGCGCCGGUGUCUCGGCGUUGCAGCCCGUCAUGGCCCUCACGGGCGCGCAGCCCGGAAAAGAUGCCACGGUCUCGGGCAUAGACGCAGCCGCGAGGAUUGCUGGUCGCGCAGUACAAGGAAACUUUGACGGACCAUUGGUUUCAGCAUUGACAUUUAUUCCAAUGCUUACACGAACCUCGUCCGCGCCGGCCAUCUUGCUGGUUUCCUCUGUAGCUGCCGUGAUCCCAGCGCCCACGAGAGCACUGUACGCAUCUACCAAGGCUGCAUCGCUUCUUCUGUACCAGUCGCUGGCCAUUGAACAUCCACAGAUUGCUUUCACCUUUGUUUUGCCAGCCACCAUAGAAGGCAACUUUCGUGCAUCGGCUGUGGAUGCUGGGCCGGUCCGCGAGGAAGAUCCAAACAAGACUGGACUCAAGAUUGGUUACGUUGCGCAGAGAUGUAUUGAUGCUGUGGAUCGUGCAGUCACGGGAAAUGUCAUCCUUCCCUGGUUUCCCUAUUCGAUCGGCCAGUAUCUCUACAAGAUUUGGCCUGCGUAUGUUGAGAAGCGUGCCCGGCAAAAGUACAAUUUCAAGGCCUAG